AUGACCUCUCAAGGUGUGAGCGAUUGUCUCCUUCCAAAAGUGACAGGACUUUGCAGAGCACGUUUCCCGCGAUUUUAUUUCAAUGAGGCCAAAGGUCGCUGCGAAGGAUUCACCUUUGGUGGUUGCGGUGGAAAUGGAAAUAAUUUCAAAACAUUGAAAGAAUGCAAACAAACGUGUAAGUGUCCUGAGUUGAAAACAACUUUGAAAACUUAUUUCAAAGUCUCUGAAACUUAUUGACAAAUAUCAAAAUCUUACAUAUAAGUCGUAUCGCUAAGCGGUUCAUUGAUUAUUCAAUUUGGAGAUUUUGGGCUCAAAUUAUUCAUAGAGAAAAGGGGGGAAUGUAAAAGAAACUGGACAUGCAACUUGUCCUUGCGUUAUCGAUUGAAUAUAAUCGUAUAAUCAUGUAAUUCUUAACGAGUUAUUUUCUCUGCACAUCAUGAUUCCAUUCGUAGAUGUGAUCAGGUCCCUGUACGCUACCAUGAUCAGAUAUAUCACAAGUGCCCUAGCUUGUGUGAAAACUUAGAAUAUUAAAGAGCUAUAUUCAAUCCCAUGCUGGGGAGAACAAUAUAUCGGCCUGAGUCUGUCUGUGUCCUCAAAAUUAUAGCUCAGUUGACUAAGCAUCUGACUAGAAAAAAGUAACUGGGGCUCGAAUCCUGACAAUGGGACUCGGAACGGGAUGGGACGGGAGGCUGGUGAAGCAUUGAUCAACAUCUAUCUUCAUUUCUGGCUCUAUGCAGAGAAUAGACAGAAAACUCUCUGCUUUUUUUUUUUUUCCAAGGUAUAUGUCCCCUUCCACCUCAGACCGGACACUGCAGAGGAUACUUUCCGAGAUACCACUUUGAUGAGGCCAGCGGUCAGUGUGAGAAGUUCAUCUACGGUGGUUGCGGAGGAAAUGAAAAUAAUUUUGAAACUUUGAAAGAAUGCCAACAAACUUGUAAGUUUCUUGGAUUUAAAAAAGGAUAG